UCCUGGUUUCCUCAGUGUCCACUAAGUCUCUCUGUCAGCUCCUGGUGACUGCCUUAACUGGUCCUCCCCUUUGGGAGACAUGGGCUGGGGACUGAGAAGGAGAUAAGUAUGCUGCUCUAGAAACCAUGAUUCUGAAGAUGUGGAGACCCACUGCAGACUUUGGGAAGAGCCAAGCUUAGAGCUGUGAGAGCCUCUUGGAGCAGAGCUGGGGUGUGAGAAGAAGAGUUUGGGUCUGCUGUGUCGCCUUUGCCCUGAGCUGUUCCUGAUGAAGUCACAGCCUUUCAAAGCCGGGAGCCAAGAGAAGCAGCUCUGCAGACAUGGGAAUUUACUGCAAGCCCUCUGUGCUCUUCCAGGACUCCUACCUCCUGGUCCUUACACAGUUGCUUUGCUGGGUGACCACAAUGGCUAGGAUGUGUCAGGAGCUCUGCAGCUCAGAUCUGCAGGAGACUCACAAACCUGGCACAAAGCAUUUUGCUGUCUUUCCAUUUAUACCUCUCACUGCUACAUCUGUGUCCACAGAGGGUUUCUGGGUCUUUGGUCCCUCAGACCCCGUUGUGGCCGCACCAGGUAGGGAAGCCAUACUUCCCUGCUCCGUGUUUCCAGCCAUGAGUGUGGAGAACAUGGAGGAGCUGAGGUGGUUCCGCAACAGAUUCUCACAAGCAGUAUUUGUCUAUCGGGACCAAGAGGAGCAGAAGGAAGAGCAGAUGAUUGAGUAUUCUUGGCGGACCUCGCUGGUGAAGGAUCAAUUCCAUGAAGGCAAGGCUGCCGUGAGGAUCCAGAAUGUCCAGGAGUCAGAUAGUGGGAUAUACGUCUGCCACUUCAAACACGGACACUUCCGUGAAGAGGCCAUCUUGGAACUGAAGGUGGCAGCAAUGGGCUCUGUCCCUGAAGUGUACAUCAAAGGUCCAGAAGAUGGUGGAGUGUGUGUUGUGUGCAUGACUUCAGGGUGGUACCCGGAGCCCCAGGUGCAUUGGAGAGACUCCAGAGGAGAGGAUCUCCCAGCAUCCUCAGAGACCCUCCAUGAAGAUGCUGAAGGACUGUUCAGCACAGAGAACUCGCUGGUGGUGAGAGACAGCUCUGUGAGGAAUGUGACCUGCUCCACCUUCAAUCCCAUCUUGGGUCAGGAGAAAGCCAUGGCCAUUGUCAUUCCAGAGCCCUUCUUCCCUCAGGCCUCUCCCUGGAAGACAGCUUUUGUUGUGAUCCUGACCAUGAUGGGACUUCUAGUCUUGGGGACAAUCUCUCUUUUCGGAUGGGAACGUUUUGUAAGGCUGAAGUUGCAGAAGGAACAGAUCCAUAUUCAUUGUGAGAAGGAUAAGGCACAGACCGAAAAGGAGGAUGCUCUCAGGACUGCUAGUGCACUCAGGGAGGAGCUUGAUUGGAGGAAAGUCGCCUACAAUCAUGCCUGGAGGAAGGCCCAGCUGUAUGCAGAUUGGCGCAAAGAACACUUCCAGACCUGGACUUUCACUCUGGAUCCAGCCUCUGCCCACCCCACCCUUGUCAUCUCCCAGGAUAGGAUGAGAGUGACCCGGAAGGACACCACUGUGUGCUUGGAUGACCUCUUCAGUGUGCUAGGCACCAAAGGCAUCUCGUCUGGAAGAUAUUACUGGGAGGUCAAGCUGGCAAACGGAGAAGGCAGCAAAUGGAUUCUGGGGGUCUGUAGGGAAGGUGUGGAGAGGAAAGGCUUUUAUUUUGAGAGUCCAGAGAAGGGGUUUUGGACAGUGGGGCAGUCUAGUAGUGGGUAUUGGGCCUAUGUUGACUCUGGGAGGGAUUCCUUAUCCAUCAGGCAAGCUCCACAGAGUGUGGGGGUGUUUGUGGACUAUGACGAAAGGAACAUCUCCUUCUAUAACAUGAGUGACAAGUCCCACCUUUUCUCCUUCCAUGAGGCUUCCUUCUCUGGGACUCUCCUUCCAUACUUUCAGCUUAAGUCUGGAAAUGUCUCCAUGACUGUCAGCUCCAUGGCCUGUGUGUCUGAGGGGCAGGAGGGAGAAGAGGGAGAGAAAGGGGAGGAACAAGAGGAGGGCAAAGAGGAGGAAGAAUCUCAAUUCCUCCAGCGUGUCAGGGACACUUUGUUCCCAUAGUGUGGAUCACUGCCUAAGUCGUCAAUGUGAGUCCAUGUGGGAGUGUAAAGUAUUUUCACAUUUAAUGUGAUUUUAGAUUAAAUGUUUACAUUUCAUGUAAAAUAGCAAAUUGUACAUUCUGGUGUGUAAAAAUUGUCUCAAUUUUCAGUAUCUAUUAAUAAAGUUUUAUAGGAAC